AUGUCUGGAGGCUACGAUGAGACCGCGAGUCAGGAGGAGACCAGUGACAGCUUCUGGGAGGUUGGAAACUACAAACGAACAGUAAAGAGAAUUGACGAUGGUCACAGACUCUGCAACGACCUGAUGAACUGUAUUCAGGAGCGUGCCAAAAUAGAGAAGGCCUACGCACAGCAGCUGACGGAGUGGUCGAAGAGAUGGAGGCAGUUGGUGGAAAAAGGUCCUCAGUAUGGCACAGUGGAGCGAGCCUGGGUAGGAGUUAUGGCGGAGGCGGAGAAGGUCAGCGAGCUCCACCAGGAAGUGAAAAACAGCCUCAUCAAUGAGGACUUUGAGAAAGUGAAAAACUGGCAAAAAGACUCUUAUCACAAGCAGAUGAUGGGAGGUUUCAAGGAAACCAAAGAGGCAGAUGAGGGCUUUAAAAAGGCUCAGAAACCAUGGGCCAAGAAGCUCAAAGAGUUGGAAACCGCCAAGAAAUCCUACCACAUGUCCUGCAAAGAGGAGAAGCUGGCUUCCACAAGGGAGGCCAAUAGUAAAGGAGAGGCCUCAGUUGCAGCGGACCAGCAAAAGAAACUUCAAGAGAAAGUGGAAAAGUGUAAACAGGAUUCACAGAAGGCGAAGGACAAGUACGAGAAGGCUUUGGAGGAGCUGAACAAGUGCACGCCUCAGUACAUGGAGAACAUGGAGCAGGUGUUUGGGCAGUGUCAGCAGUUUGAGGAGAAGAGACUGGCUUUUCUCAGGGAGGUGCUGCUGGACGUCAAACGACAUCUCAACCUCACAGAGAACCAAAGUUAUUCUACAGUAUAUCGUGACCUUGAACGCACCAUUACAUCAGCAAGUCCAUUAGAAGACUUGAAGUGGUUCAGUAGUAACCAUGGUCCAGCCAUGCAUAUGAACUGGCCACAGUUUGAGGAGUACAACCCAGACUUGGCCCACAGCAUCACAAAGAAGGAAAAGUCAAAGAAAAGCAAUGAAGGAGUGACUCUAACAAAUGUCUCACAUGAAGUGAACCAUGCCCCAGCAGGAGACACUGGGAGUGUAAGCAGUUAUGAGAAGAACCAGGCCUCCACUGAGUGGUCGGACGAGGAUCAGACGGCUCCUAACUCUGGUAACGACACAAACGGAGGAACAAACCCAUUUGAUGACGACGCAGGGAAAGGCGUGAGAGUGCGAGCGCUGUACGACUACGAAGGUCAGGAGCAGGACGAGCUGAGCUUCAAAGCUGGUGAGGAGCUGAUGAAGCUGGAGGAUGAGGACGAACAGGGCUGGUGCAAAGGUCGCCUGCACAGCGGUCAGCAGGGUCUGUAUCCAGCCAACUACGUGGAGUUGAUUUGA